AUGGGAGUCGUAAAAGGGCUAUUUAAAAGCUGUGAUUUUUGGCACAAUUACGGUAUUGGUCAGCUAGAGUUACUAUGUAAUGCGGAUCCGCUGGUUGGUCAACAAGCGUGGAAGAGAAUGCGCUCGAAUUUCGAAAAAUUUACUACGAAUGCAAAUUUGGACAAAGUGCAGCGCAAACGGAUCGGCCCUAAUGAGGAAUUCGACGCUGGAGAUGAGGGAGCUCGUGGACAUCCUUCUGCUACUGAGGAUAAUGAAUUUAAGACAUCAGCUUCGAGGAAAGAGCCCACUGAAGAAGACCUGACUCGACACGAAGACGAAGCUGCCACAUUGAGACGAAUACCAAGCGCGAACCAUCCACUCGGAUCAUCGGCUCUGAUGAAGAGGAAGACGUCGAAACGUUAG